ACGGAACUUUUUUUCUGAUUCUGUCAUUCAGUUCAGCUAAACUUGUAUAAAUCUCUUCUCCAUUUCCACCCAUCUCAAUACUUGUUUUGAUUAGCUUUUGUUCUCCAAUUUCUCGUAUGGUUAUGGCGAAAUCUAUUCUUGUCACUGGUGGCGCUGGCUACAUUGGAACCCACACUGUUCUUCAGCUCCUUCUCGGUGGUUACCGCACCGUCAUCGUCGAUAACUUGGACAACUCCUCUGAAAUCGCUGUUCGUCGGGUCAAGGAGCUCGCCGGCGACCUCGGAAAAAACCUUUCCUUUCAUAAGCUGGACCUCCGGGACAAACGAGCUCUGGAGAAAGUGUUUGCUUCAACACCAUUUGAUGCUGUUAUUCACUUUGCUGGAUUGAAAGCAGUGGGCGAAAGUGUACAAAAACCAUUGCUAUACUAUGACAACAACUUAGUUGGAACCAUAACUUUAUUGGAAACCAUGGCAGCCUAUGGGUGCAAGAAGCUGGUCUUCUCAUCUUCAGCCACCGUUUAUGGUUGGCCAAAGGAGGUACCAUGUACAGAGGAAUUCCCUCUGUCUGCAGCCAACCCAUAUGGGCGAACCAAGCUGUUCAUAGAAGAAAUAUGUCGUGACAUAUAUGGUUCAGACUCUGAAUGGAAAAUCAUAUUGCUGAGAUACUUCAACCCAGUGGGAGCACACCCUAGUGGGUUUAUUGGUGAGGACCCCCGUGGAAUCCCAAACAAUCUCAUGCCCUUUGUUCAGCAAGUGGCUGUUGGCAGGCGGCCUGCGUUGACAGUGUUUGGAACUGACUAUUCAACAAAAGAUGGAACUGGAGUGCGUGAUUACAUUCAUGUGGUUGAUUUGGCUGAUGGACAUAUUGCUGCCGUGCGCAAGCUUGAUGCGGCUGGUGUAGGCUGUGAAGUUUACAAUUUGGGAACUGGAAAGGGUACUUCGGUUUUGGAGAUGGUUGCAGCCUUUGAAAAGGCAUCUGGAAAGAAAAUUCCUCUUGUCAUGGCUGAACGUCGACCUGGUGAUGCUGAAGUCGUCUAUGCAUCAACGCACAAAGCUGAAAAGGAGUUGAACUGGAAAGCUAAAUAUGGCAUCGAGGAGAUGUGCAAGGAUCAAUGGAACUGGGCCAGCAAGAAUCCCUACGGCUAUCAAUCUCCAAACGCCAACUGAUGGCUUGCUCUCUAGGGGCCAUCGAUUAACCUCGAACCCUUUUGCAUUACUCUUACUUAUCCUCUUAGACGUACGUUCGUGUUACGCACUAUAAAACUCUUGGUCAGAGUUGAUCAUUGCUGAGUUAUCGAUGUUUUCAAGAUUAUUUAAUAAAAAAGCUCCUACGCUUCUUUUA